AUGGUCCAGUGUUACGCGCCAACCGAUGCUGCCGACUUGCGAGAGAAAGAGAGUUUCUACAGCCAGAUGAACAGCGUGGUUGAGAAGAUUCCGAAAGGAGAUAUCCAAAUCCAUCUAGGUGACUUCAACGCGAAGAUUGGCUCCGACAACGAGGGCCUCGAGCGCGUCAUGGGACGCCACGGCCUUGGACAGAUGAGCGAAAACGGGGAGCUGUUUGCUGAGUUUUGUGGCAACAAUAACAUGGUCAUUGAAAAUCAAAUUGACCACAUCUGCAUCAGCCGAAAGUGGAGAAGGAGACUCCUUGAUGUCCGCAACAAGCGCAGCGCUGACAUUGCAUCUGAUAAUCACCUCGUCAUCGGUAAGAUACGCUUGCGCGUCGCACGCGUCCAACGACGCGAGGAGAAAAUCGGAUGUCGCUACAACAUCCGCCGGUUGGAGAACCCAGAGGUGAAAAGUGCCUUCGUCGAACAGCUUGAAGCCCGAGCCUCUGAAUUACCACCCGGUGGAACAGUUGAAGAACAAUGGACAGGCAUCAAGAACACCUUUACCACGACAAGUGAUGAAACUCUCGAUAAGCUGCGUAGCGGGAGGAGAGAUUGGAUCACGGAUGAAACCUGGAGGAUCGUCGAUGAGCGGAGAAAGGCGAAAGCCGACAUUGGGCAGGCGCGCACUAUAUCGGCUAAAGCAGCUGCCCGCCAGCGUUACGCUGAUCUAGAGAAGACAGUCAAACGAUCUUGUAGACGGGACAAGAGAGACUGGACCAACUCCUUAGCCGAAGAGGGAGAAAUAGCCGCCGCCAGUGGAGAUAUCCGCCUAUUGUACGAUAUUUAUCGCCGCCUUAGUGGUGUCAGGACAAAUGCAAGAAUGCCGCUGAAAUACCGAGCAGGUCAACUAAUGACAGAGCGUACAGAUCAGCUCAAGCGUUGGACUGAGCACUUCGGCGAACUCUUCCGAGUUCCAAGCGAGGAUGACCAACAAAACCCGCAGCGUACGGUACCUACAGUGCGGCGCAUUAACCGCGUCAACUCCGCGGUGCCGUCAUUAGCUGAAAUAGAAGCGGCAAUUAAAAGCAUGAAAUCCAAUAAAGCGCCAGGAAUAGACUGCAUUCCUGCUGAAAUGCUCAAAGCUGACCCAACAGUGUCAGCGCAGAUGUUGCAUCAACUUUUCACAGAUAUUUGGGAAACCGCGACUUUUUCGGCCGACUGGAUGCAGGGCAUUUUAGUGAAAGUCCCAACGAAAGAAGAUCUUUCCGAAUGUGGUAACUAG